AUGGCUUCAUGGUUUGGCAACAGCGCCAACAGCGACCUCGAUGCCCAGAUCGAGCGCGCCACCUCCUCCUCCCUCGAAGACAUCGCCCUCAACCUCGAAAUCUCCGACACCAUCCGCAGCAAGACCGUCCAGCCCAAGGAGGCCAUGCGCAGUCUGAAGCGGCGCAUAGGCAACAAGAAUCCCAACGUCCAGAUCGCCGCGCUCAAUCUCACCGACACCUGCGUCAAGAAUGGAGGCAAUCACUUCAUACAGGAGAUUGCGAGUCGGGAGUUCAUGGACAAUCUCGUCAGCUUGGCCAAGGCAGGCGGUGGCGGUUACGGACUCCCUCCAUCCGAACCGGUCAAUGCGGAUGUCAAGGCAAAGAUUUUGGAGUUGAUUCAAAACUGGGCGAGCGGCGCAGCUGGAAGAGAUACGCUGAUGUACAUCACCGAGACCUACCGAUCUCUCCAACACGAAGGCUUCCAAUUCCCUCCCCGACAAGACGUGGCGAGCAGUAUGCUCGACUCCAACGCUCCCCCCGAAUGGGCCGACUCGGACGUGUGCAUGCGGUGUCGGGAAAAGUUCACCUUCACCAACCGCAAGCAUCACUGUCGGAAUUGUGGAAAUGUCUUUUGCGGGACGUGCAGUUCGAAGAACAUUCCGCUUCCGCAUCUGGGCAUCAUGCAGGCCGUCAGAGUGGAUGACGGCUGUUAUGCCAAGCUCACGGAAAAGAACAAUCGAGGCGCAGCUGUUCCGCAUAGCCCGCGAGAUAGCAGUAAGACGCUGUGGCAGGGCUCGGCGAUGAGCAGCAGCAACAGAGGGAAUGAGCGAAUGCAACCCCGAGGAGCAAGAGUGGUAGAGGACGGCUUCGAUGCCGAUCUCAAGAAAGCGUUGGAAAUGAGUCUGGAGGAGAGCAAGGGACAUUCCGGCUCCGGCUACGUACCACAGAGUCAGCUACGACAACAACCGCAACCACAGACGAAUGGUGCAAGCAAGAGCUCAACGAAGCCCGAAGAAGAGGAGGAUGCAGAUUUGAAAGCUGCCAUCGCGGCAAGCCUGCAAGAUAUGGAGGAGCAGAAGAAGAGACACGCAAAGGAGUUGAAGGAGCAAACUUCGGCACCCUCUGCCGCCAACGCCUCCACGACAAACCAAUACAAACAAAACAACGCAUUCGAGCUGACGCCGGUGGAGGCCGAGAACAUCAAUCUCUUCGCUACGCUGGUAGAUCGAUUGCAGCAUCAACCACCAGGGACUAUCCUCCGCGAGCCACAGAUUCAAGAGCUCUACGAAAGCAUCGGCACCCUGAGACCGAAACUGGCACGAACUUACGGAGAGACGAUGAGCAAACACGACACCCUUCUCGAUCUGCACAGUAAGCUGGCAACUGUGGUCAGAUACUACGAUCGAAUGCUGGAGGAGAGAAUGGCCAGUGCCUACACUUCAAGUCGCUAUGGCGCGCCUCAGCCAUCUGGCAUGUACCCGAGUCUGCCCUCUGCUCCAGCACCGCAGGCUGCUGGAGGCAUGGAGAGUUACUACACCGGAAAUGCCGCCCCGAUGGAUGGGUAUGGAGUUCAGCAAGGCUAUCAGCAGCAACCCCAAGCCGCGUACCCGCCGUUCGAUCAGCAACGAGUGAGUGCGUAUGCUGCCCCGCCUGAUGCCGCAUACUACAACCAGGCCCAAGCGCCACAAAACCAAUCACCUUAUAUCACGAACCAACCACCGCCUCAACAGCAAGGCCUUUACGAACAAUCCCACAUGCAAGCCCCCCACCGACAAUCCUCGCAGCCUUACUCCCAGGCAUCAUCACAAUACGCCCCAUCGCACACCUCCCAAGCCUCCAACCCGCCCGUGACCUCGCCUCAAGCGGACCCAAACGCAGCCUACUACUUUGCCGACCAGUCCACGCAGCAACAAACGCCGAGUCCAGAGAUGUACCACCAAACUCCUCAACCCCAGGCCCAACAGCAAUACCUUCCCCAGCAACAACAGCACCCUCAGCGUCAACAGUCCCUCAACCAACAAGCUCCUCCUCCGCAGAUUCAGCGACAGGCAUCGUACCAGCAACGACCGCCGCAACAGCAGCAGCAGCAGCCGCCUCAAGCUUACUACCAAACCGCACCGCCUGCACAGCAGCAGGGCCAGCAAUGGCCGCAAGCACAGGCUCCGUAUGCGGGCGGUGGGUAUGGGCAGGAGGCGUUCCCUGCUGCGCCGCAGCAUGCGCCUGUGGCUGUUGCUGCUCAGGAGGAGAGUUUGAUUGAGUUUUAG